GUUCCUGUUUUCUUGUACAGUUACGGUUCCGGCCCGGUGUGGUCCGACAGCACGAGCUGCUGCUCAGCACGAGCUGGUCGAACGGCAGCGGGCAUCGAACAGUGAACCUCAGCGACAGAUGGAGGAACGAGUCUUCGAACCCAAACUGGUUCUGGUCUUCAGCGGGAAACGGAAGUCCGGAAAAGAUUAUGUGACGGACUUGAUCAAGGGACGUUUAGGGUCGGACGUUUGCUGCGUCCUGCGUCUGUCCGGACCUCUCAAACAACAGUAUGCUCAGGAACACGGACUGGACCUGGACCAGUUGCUGGGCCCUGGUCUUUAUAAGGAGCAGUUUCGGGCCAAUAUGAUUUGCUGGGGAGAAACUCGACGACGGCGUGACCCUGGAUUCUUCUGUCGCCUAGCAACCAGAGGAGCAUGUCAACCAGUCUGGGUGGUGAGUGACGCGCGGCGGCUGUCAGACCUUCAGUGGUUCAGGUCGGAGUUUCCUCAACAAACUCGAAGUGUCAGAGUUCAAAGUUCAGAGGAAACCAGGACAAAGAGGGGGUGGAGCUUCACUGCAGGUGUGGAUGACGCGGAGUCAGAGUGUGGGUUGGACAGUGGCGUUGCAUUUGAUUGGAUAAUCAGUAAUGAGGCCGACGCCCCCUCAUUAGAUGAGCAGCUGCAUCCAAUCCUGAGGCUGGCUGAGGAAGCAGCUUCAUCACCAAUCAUCACGGAUCAAUAACAUAUUGAUCAGAUCCGAUCAGUCUGUUUACGCCAGGUUUCCAGAGAUGGGUGCGGUCACGUGAUGGAGUCGUGGUCACGUGAUGGAGUCGUGGUCACGUGACGGAGUCGUGGUCACGUGAACCUGCUCGAGAGCAAAGUUAGAUGUAACAAGUCUAUUUAGCUGAUGGCCACUAUGGAAACAGUCACACACACAGUGCUGUGUGAAUGUGAGGAAUCAAACCGCCGACCUUCAGACGAGUUGCUGCCUCCAAACAGAACUAGAAAACAAAAUGUGAUAAAUAAAAUGUUUUCAAAGAAG